CCUCUCUCUCUCUCUCUCUCCGCCCUCUGUUUCUCUCUCUCUCUAAACCCCUACUCUGUUCUUAUUUUCUCUCUCUUGGGUUUCAUUAAUUAAUGGCGGCAGAUGUGAGCACUGGGAUAAAUGGGGAUGAGAAGAAGAAGGAGCUGGUGACCAGGGAUUUGUUGGGUGACAAGGAGCACUGGGAGAAAAAUUUCGAGCCUUUGUCUACAAAUUCCAACUGCUCUCAGGAGCUCAAAUCCGGUCCAGUGUCCCGCGAGCUCCACGAUCUUAAUCUGCCCCCACCUCCAGCGCCCUCCUUCGCCAGCGUUUGCACUCUAGAAAAAGUCAAGUCCGCCCUCGAGCGCGCCAUGCGGGCCCCGAAUCCGAGCCCAAAUCCGAACCCGAAACCGAUCGGAUCUCAUUCGACCUCGAAGAAGCGCGCUCUUGAAAAGGAGCCAGCGAACGGCCAGGAUGAAUCGGGUUCGGGUUGGGGUUCGGGUAUGGUUAGUGGUGGGUCCAUGAUGUUGACCGUUUGUCCCGGUUGCUUUCAGUACCUGCUAGUACCUAAGGUGGACCCCAGGUGUCCUAGGUGUGACUCGCACGUGCCGUUUCCAAAGAAGGCAAAACUUGUUGAUCUUAAUUGUUCAGCUAGUUCGCCAAACAAUAAUUAGCGGCGUUGAAAAAUAUAUAGGGCGUGAUAUAUAAAAUGGGUUAUAUAUGUACUUUUUGAGGAAGAGGGGGAAUAGUUUUUGGGAUUUUGAAUGUAGGGGGAAGGAUAAAGAAAAAGAAGAAAAGAGAAAAGAAGACCGUUUUGAAAUUAUGAUGAUGAA